AAUUUAUUCAUGGAGACUUACACUUAUCAUAGAUCUGUGCCAAAAUUCAGAGAUACAAUGGUUGUUGAACAGAAAAUAAAGAAUAAGCGUUCAAGCAAGCCGAAGAAAGCAAAGCGCCAUUGAAAGUCGAUGAGUCAGAAGAAUUAUGAGAAGAUCGGGCAGCUUCAAAGUACAGUCAGAAGUCAACAAAAGGAGAUAAAGGGCUAUAAAACAGCAAAUAGACAGCUUGAGAGGAAAUAUGAAAGGGUAUUCAAGCAUGUUAUGAAAUCUAAACCUGUUCGAAACUACAGAUCUCACAGUAAAUCAUCAAAGCUUCUUUCUUGUGGCAUCCCUAAAUCACCUCUAUUUCAUGGGAAGGAAGUUCUAAAGGAGAGAAGGUACCCAUUUGGAUGUCAAAACAGUGAUGCUAACAAAUCCGUCUCUUCAAAUGGGCGUAAAGCCUGUAUGAAGCCUACAAAGGAGACUGAUCCUGGCAAUUACAUUCAUAAAUGACAGAGACCUCCUAAGGCCAAGAAGAGGAAAGAUUCUAAGGUAGAUGCAAAGAUCAGUAGUCUGAAGUCUUGCAUUCAAAAGGCAAUGACAGACUUUAAAGAGGCUGAGAGGGAUGAAAAAUAAGCAUCUCUCCAAAAGAGUCAAGAGAAUCGAACAAGUCUUUGAGCAGAGAUAUAAAGACUUACGCAAGGCUAUUGACAAAGAGAAGAAAGCAGCUAUAAAAAGAGAGAAGGAAAUAACCAAGCUCAGGUUGGAAAGAAAGGUAGAAAGACUUUGCAAAAUCCUCCAAAUGGAAGAUGCUAGUCAUCAAGAGGACACACUUCCUGAUGAGGUUGAGCUAGAUACAAAUUUAAGAGACUCCAUGAUACACCAAAGUGCUAAUGGGUCUGUGUUGACUGAUAUCAAGCCUAAUAUAUCUCAGAUUGAAGAUACUAAAAAUUUGAGCGUGAUUGCGAGGAAAAGCUCUACUGGAAAAGAUAGUGAAAUUAGGAUAGAGCAGCUAAAUGGAACUAGAAACUUUCAAAUGGAAAAUAAAGAGAAUAUUGCAUAUAAUCCUCAGGUAUCUGGAUUUAUGACCUUAAAUGCAAGCUCGAAGUAUCCCAGGAUGAUGAAUGAGGUACCUCCAUCUUCUCUAAUACCACAAUGCUCAGUGUCUGGAAGCAUUCAGAACAAUCUUGGAUGUUCCAAUAUUGGUCAGUCAUAUGUGCAAAAGAAUUACUCAACUGCCCCUCAAGCUUCUGGAUUAUUGAAUCAAGGCUUCAAGCAGAACAAUGCUUAUACUUAUGAUUUUGAUAUCUCAAGUAGUGAUGACUCUGAAGAUGACCUUGCAAGAUUUGCUGCUGUGAGCCCAAGAAUUAGGAACAAAAUAGAUACUCAAGAGUUGCUUAAGCCAACAGGUGUCGAUUUCACAGCUUUGUGAGCAAACUCUACAACCCCUCAGGAGAAUACCUUUGGAAUGAAGAAAACCAGUAAAAAUACAAAUUUUGGUGAACUUGAAUCAAGAGACACAAAGCAUAUGGAUACCUCAGGUAGUGAGAACAGCGAUGAGGAGAUUAGUAGCAUAGAGAAGGGCAUCCAAAGAUCCCUCGAACAAGUGACUAACAGGCUUAAGAAAUGCUACUAA